AUGGUGAAAAAGGACAUUGACGGGUGCAUCGACGUGGUCAGCUGCAUCAGGUCCGAGGAGCUCGUCUGCUGGGAGGACGUGCCUCAAUCAGUCAGGCUUGAAGGCUUGACUGACUUCUGCUCGCUGUGCAAGAAUCCGCAGAAGCUGGUCGUUCCCUUUGAGAUGCGCGGUUACCAGGGUGUGUACAAUUUGGAGAGAAAGGUCUACGAGGGAGUAGCCAGGGGCCUUUCGCCUGUUCAAGGUCCACUGUCGGUCAAGUUCCCGCUUGCAGAUCCCAGAAACCCCUUGUCUCUCAAGCCGGUAUCUCUCAAUUUCGACUCUUCAAAGUCCUCCCUGGUCAAGACUGAGAGUGUUUCUGCAGCGAUAGCCGGAGCUAGAGCUGCCGCGACUCAGUAUUCGAGGAAGGGUAGUAGUGCUGCCAGGAUCUCGUCGUAUGCAAGCCUUUGCUGA